UGGACGUGUCGUUGUUUCCGGCUGUUCCGUCAUUCCAGCUUUCAAACAUGGAGUCUAUUUUCCACGAAAAACAAGAGGGCUCUCUGUGUGCGCAGCACUGCUUGAACAACCUGCUGCAGGGAGAGUACUUCAGUCCCGUGGAGCUGUCGGCGAUCGCGCAGCAGCUGGAUGAGGAGGAGCGCGUGCGCAUGGCUGAAGGAGGCGUUCAGACGGAGGAGUACCGGACCUUUCUGCAGCAACCGUCGGGAAACAUGGAUGACAGCGGCUUCUUCUCCAUUCAGAUCUGGGACAGUCUUGCGCACGCGCUCUCAAGUGGCCAAGACGGCAAGUGUGGAUAUUUGGACAAGGCAACCAUCAGACAGGGCAUGGAGGUGGAGGACGAGGAGGCCGACCUGCGCAGAGCCCUUCAGCUCAGCAUGCAGGGUGGCAGCGAUGCCAGAAGACCCAGCGCCACUGUGACGGCGGGCUCGUCUCACGAAUCGGGAAGCGGCAAGAAGGAGGCGAUGACAGCGGAGGAGCUGCGCAGGAGGAGACAGGCUUACUUCGACAGGCAGCAAGCUCAGUCCACCGCUCACCACAGCAGCUCCGCCGCAGAUCAUGUUGUUUUGCAGACGGAGGGAAGGACAGCGGGACCAAACCCAACCAGUGACGGUCCAUCAGCGCCGGUGACGGACGCCCUGAAUGCCCUUGACCCGACCUCUCUCUGGGAAUGAUGGGACUCACACCUCCUCUCAGAACUGGCCCGGGACCGAUCAGGUCCUGCUGUGUAAUAAAGGGACAUUCGUUUAGCUUCGCUUCUCCUCUUUGAGUUGAACGAAGUGAAAGGGAAGCGUUUCCCCGGAUCAUUCCUCUUCCUCAGACGGACACACGAGCGAGACGAGACAGCGUGAGGAGGGAGCUGUCAGCGCUGGGAUCACUCCUGCAUUCUGGGACCAUUGGGCUUUACUGGGGUUACUGGAUCUCUCUGCUCUUCUCCUCUGUGGACUGUAGUGAAGACCUUCUGCUGGUCACCGGUGAGCGGCGGGUGACGUGCCCUAGGUAGACGGCACAGUGAGGGCAGAUGCUGACGUGGAGAUCAGUCUUCAUACAGAUUCAGACCUUCACUUGUUUUAGUCGUUCAUCAGUCGUCCCUCAUUUGUUGGCAGGCAGCAGCUCUUUUGGAUCAAGGUUGUGAUUUCUCAUGGUUUUAACAUUCUUUUCUAUGAUUUAAUGCGUUUGGUGGCACAGCAGCGUUUCUGAACUCGUUUCACAUUCAGCAAUAGUUUUUAAGUGAUUGGUUAUUCUUGAACUCCUAUAUAGACUUAUUGUUUCUUAAAUAAAAACGUUUCUUUUCC